UACAAGAAGGCGACCAAAUUGUGUCAGUGAAUGGUGAAAACCUUAUUGGCGUUACUAAUGACAGAGCUGUAUCAUUAUUACGGAGUGCAUCAGCAACAAACCAUGUGACAAUGACUGUCACAAGAAAUAAUUCUACAAGACAUGAAUAUUCUCAAUUAUGUGAGAGUCAAGAGAAUUAUAGUUAUGCUAGCAGUUCAUUUUCUGAUAGCAGAUCACUGUCUUCUAUAGGGACUUCAACAUCAGCAGAUCCAGGUCGGAGAACUCCAGCUAGUGAGACAUCUGCUUCAUCUGAAUUGACAGUGGAAAGUGUUCGUUUACCAAAUAAAACACCAACACUUAGAAAUAAUUUACAUAGGAGAGAAGACCUGAACUACAUUAACAUCACAAAAAACACAGGACUGGGUAUCAGUAUAAUUGGUGGAAUUAAUAGACCUGAAGGACCAGCAAUAUUUGUAGACACACUUUUGCAAGGUGGUGAUUGUUACAAGGAUGGGAAUUUGAAGCCAGGUGACCAAUUAGUGACUGUGAAUGGUGAAAAUAUGAUCAAUAUUACCAAUGAAGAUGCUAAGGCUAUUUUAACAAGAUUAAAAUUGAGGUCAUCACCUAGCACAGAGAUCGCCUAUGCGAGGGGAGUGCCAUACAAGACAUUAAUAUCGCAGCCUUUAAUGCUACCUACAUCUCCAACUCAGGGAAAUUUACCAUAUUCACAACAUUCCAAUUCAUCUCACCCCGUUCAUUCAUCGUCUCAUUCGCCCUUGCCAAUUCCAUCCCAGCAUGCACCGGUGCAUUCACCAAUUCCUUCCCAUCAGUCUUCAGUGCAGCAUGUAUCACCACCACAGUUACAAUCAUCAAGGCAACCAUUCAAACAAAGCGGAAAUGUGACACUACAACAUCAAGGUGUUUCAACUCCAUUAUCUCCAAUAACAAUGAAUGGCCAUCCAUCGAUACCAGCUCAUUUACACAAAAGUUUAUAUAUGCAACCAAAAAUGACAUCAACACCGCAUACCACAAAUGGUGCGGUUAUGCCACCUCCAGCAAGCCAUCCUAACUUACCAGGUUUCAACUCCCUAGGUCAGUCAUUUGCUAGUGGAGUGAGCCCUUUAGGUCAACCAUCUCCUGUUAGCGGUACACCAAUGGCAGCCUCCUCUACAAGACAUCUGUCCAGAUCAAGGAGACUCUCUUUAGAUCCCCAUGUCAGGCUGAAAGUUGAAAAACUGGAAGUUGCAUUAAAGUAUUUGGGACUAGAACCAACUGCUGAACAGAAGCAGGAAUUAAGACAAAAGUUAAGACUUGAUGCCAAUGGACAAGUGUCAUAUGGAGAUUUUGUUCAAACUGCAAGAGAUAUAUUUAAAUUUCAACUAGAUGAUCACGGUAAAUUAUUCUUUGCUGCUCACGACUUUACUGACUUCACAGAACCUCCACCAAUACAACACCAUCACACAUUGCCAACAUUUGAAGAGAAACCUACUGAAGAUUUAGAAGCAUUAAAAAUGGAAAGAGAUGAAGCCCUGAGAGAAGUGGAAAGAUUGAAAUCAUUACUAAGAGAAAAAGAAAGAUCAUGUAAUAUAGCAGAAGAAGAACUACUCAGGAUAAGAAGGGAAGCGCAAGGUGCAAUUCAUGAAAGUAGAUCACUUCGAAGUAAAGUUCAUUUAGCGGAGCAAGCCCAGAUGUCUGCCAGAAGGAUGGAGGUAGAUUAUGAAGAAGUUGUGAAAUUAUUAGAAAAUGAGAUCAAAGAACUUCGCCAUAUAAAAGCUGCUGCUGCUGCUCCUAGGAAGCAAGAAGAUACAAGUGAAUUCCAGAAACGUCUUGCUGUCCUAAGUGGCCAAUUACGCAAGGCUGAAGUUAGUAAAAAAACAUAUGAAGUUUCUACAGAAAGGCUUCUACAGUUUGCCGAGUUGGUGCAUGAGACGCUAUCUGAUGGAACAAGUGCAGCUAGCGCAUCGGCACGUAGUCGUGGUGAAAGCGCUAGGCGUAUUGACAACGGAGCUGGUUCCCGUCCACCUGGUUAUUUAUCUAAAUAUGGUAGAAAAGGAACAAUAGAUUUAGCUAUUGAAGCCAGAGAUACAGUGAAAGCAGUCAAACAACUAAUAGAAGUUGAUUCUUUACCGUAUGGUUGGGAAGAAAGCUAUACGACUGAUGGUAUGCGAUAUUAUAUAAACCACGUGACACAGUGUACAACAUGGCAGCAUCCAGUGACAAACGUCCAACCAAUUUCAUCGCAGCACCCACAUCCUUCAUCAUCUUCUUCAUCACGACAUCAUCAUCAUCAUCAUCGUCAUCUACCAGAGACUAGAGCCUAGAGUACAUCACAAGGGUCAUCAGCUAGAUGUCUUACUAAUGAUAGAUGGGUAGUAUGCAUGUCAUCAGAAUCUGAUAAUGAUGAUGCUACCGGUACUGCUGCUGCUGCUACUGGUAGUAUUGUCUAUAUCAGAGAUGAUAAUUAACGAGUCUGUCUCAAUUAAUCUAAUG